GCGGCGGCGGCGGCCGCUACUGCCGCCGCCGCGACGACAGCCGCCGAGGCUGCCGACGUGGGAAUGGGUUGCGGCAAAAGCGAGGGCAAAGGCGACGGCGAGGGCGAGGGCGAAGGCGAGCCUGAGCGCGAAGGUGAGGCCGAGAGCGAGGCCGAGGCGGGCGCAUUGACGAGCGUCGAGUGGGCCGCGGCGCGUGCGCCGGACACCGGCCAACCAGACGCCUCGGACUUGCCGUGGCGGUCGGCAAGAACCGACCAAUCGGCGCACGCCUCGACCUCCAUCGGGCCGGCGGUCUCGUGGGCCGCUUCGUCGGCGACGAGGCGACGCGACGCCAUCGAGACGCGCGCAGCUGCGCUCCGUUUAGACGCCGAUCUGGCCAAGCCGGACACUGUCGUGGCUGGGGCAACCGAGCCGCAUGACGACUGUGACAGAGACGAGUCGCGACUGGGGCCUGAGUAG